AUGAUACUUGGUGGCUGCUGGUACUGGUAGUUUUCCUGGGCGCAGCGGCUGCUGUCAUGUCAAACAAGGAAGUGAAAGCAGCAUUGAAAAGUGCCAGAGAUGCAAUAAGAAAUAAGGAGUAUAAAGAAGCACUGAAACAUUGCAAGGCAGUAUUGAAACAAGAAAAAAAUAAUUACAAUGCUUGGGUAUUCAUUGGCCUGGCGGCUGCUGAAUUAGAACAACCCGAACAAGCCCAAGGUGCAUAUAAGAAGGCUGCUGAACUUGAUCCUGGGCAGUUGCUGGCAUGGCAGGGAUUGGCAAAUUUGUAUGAAAAAAGGAAUCAUACAGAUGUCAAAGAAGACUGGAUUAAGGUUUAUGAGAAACUACUAGAACUCUAUGAAAAGUAAGAAA